AUAUUUUCUAGCAUUAUUUUAUUAUUGUAAGAGUGGAAAGAGGUAAACGAGACGCUUACAUUGGAACAGGAAACAGCAGUAGCACUGAAUAGUGUGGUUUUGAGUGCAGUGAAUAAAUUGAAGCAGCAGAAGAACAAGAGAAAAUGAUGAGAAGAGGCGUGAUGAGGUUGAAUCCGUUUCUGAUUCCAUUUCUUUUUGCAUUUUCGAUUCUUUCAUCGCCCGUUCUCUCUGCUUCGGAUCUGAUCCUCGCCAAGGUUGACCGUCGUAUUGAUCUGACAUCACAAAUUGUGCGCGUCACUACUGCACUGAAGGUGGAGAAUACGGGAUCUGAUGUUGUGUCAGAGAUCUUGCUGUCCUUUCCUGAAAACCAAGCAAUUCACUUGGCAUACUUGACAGCAACACUUAACGAAGGGAAGGGAAAAGUAAAACCAUCUGCCGGUGUUGGUUUACCUGUCAAAGUCGUCCAUCCUGAAGAUGUGCCUCCCUUCUUGACAAUUUAUUCCGUAUCUCUGCCUAAGGGGCUUGGGAAGGGAGAUAGUUUGACAUUGGAUGUCUUGGCUGUUUUCACCCACAUUUUGGAACCAUUUCCGGAGAAAAUCACUCAGGCUGAUAUCCAGCUUCUACUGUGUCAAGAGAGUGCACACUAUCUUUCUCUGUAUCCAGUCAAGGUCCAAUCACUCACUGUUAAACUGCCUGAUGCAAGAAUCGAGUCUUAUACAAAGUUAGAAAAUGCAAAACUUCAGGGAUCUGAAUUAAAGUAUGGUCCAUAUGAGAAUCUUCCUCCAUUCUCAUACUUGCCAAUAGUUAUUCACUUUGAGAAUAACCAACCCUUUGCUGUUGCUAAAGAGUUGGUGCGAGAGAUUGAAAUUUCCCAUUGGGGCAAUGUUCAGGUCACAGAACAUUACAACAUUGUUCAUGGCGGUGCUCAGAGCAAAGGAGAAUUUUCUAGGCUUGACUAUCAAAGCAGGCCAUAUUUAAGAGGUGCAUCAGCCUUUAGGCGUCUUGUUGCCAGGCUGCCACCAAGAGCUCAUUCUGUGUACUACAGGGAUGAAAUUGGCAACAUUUCCACUUCUAGUUUAUGGGGUGACUCAAAAAAGACAGAACUGGAGAUUGAACCUCGGUUCCCAAUUUUUGGUGGCUGGAAAACUGCCUUUACCAUCGGAUAUGGCUUGCCACUUCGGGACUUCUUGUUUGGAUCAGAUGGAAAGCGCUUCCUUAAUAUCACUUUUGGUACCCCUUUUAAUGAGUUGGUGAUCGACAGUCUCUAUGUAAAGGUUGUUUUGCCUGAGGGUUCUAAAGACAUUUCAGUAUCUGCUCCAUUUCCUGUGAAACAAUGGCAGGAGACAAAGCUUUCCCACUUGGAUGUUGUUGGUAGACCUGUCGUUGUGCUGGAGAAGAACAAUGUUGUGCCUGAGCAUAAUCAACAUUUUCAGGUCUACUACAAGUUUAACGGUCUUUCUAUGCUCAGGGAGCCUUUGAUGUUGAUUUCUGGGUUUUUCUUUCUGUUUCUUGCUUGCAUUGUCUACACGCAUGCAGAUUUGUCGAUCUCCAAAUCAUCUGCAUCUUAUUUGGCAAAGCUCCAGUGGGAAGAGGUGCAAGCCACUAUUCAGCAAAUUCAUAGUAUCAUUAGCCGUUGUUUAACGACACAUGACAAGCUAGAAGCAUCAUUGCGUGAUCUUUCUAGGACAGGAGACAUUCAAGCCUGUAAAGCAACACGAAAAUCAGCUGAUGGCCUAUUGAAAGAGCUCUCUAAAGAGUUGAAGCUACCAUUGGCAUUCUUGCAGUCUUCUCCACAAGCUGCUCAAAUAUUACCGAAGGUGGACGAACUUGUUGCUAAGGAGAGAGAGUUGCAGGAGAGACUUGUAGCGAAACACUCUACAGUUGUAGACUGCUAUGAGAAGAAGUUAGGAGGAAGGGAAAUUGAGAAUCGGAUUGCUUCACAUCAGCAGAAAAUUACUGCUUUGAGACAGGAGAUUGAUGAUCUUAUGGACUUGAUUGAUGAGAUGUGAUAAGUGACUAUGCUGCUCGAGACGAUAAUGUGCUCCCAUUUUGACCUUGUUUUACUUGAUUUAGGUCAGAAAUUUGUUGCGGUUUGAUGAGAGAUUAGUGAUACUUCUGGUCAGAAUUUUGUUGCGGUAUACUGUCUACUAGUAAUUUAUAAGCAUAAAUGUGCUAGACUGAGGAUCACAAUCAUAAUGGUAAUUUUAUAUCCAUGCUUAUCUAUAUUAAAACAUGGAUUGGAUACUCUCCUAGAUUUUCGUUAAUACCCUUAAACCGUUUGCUU